GAUCUUGAAAAAGUCUCCAAGGAACUCGAUAAAGUCUCUAAAGAACUCGACAGGUCACGUAAAAGAAUUAAAUCCCUUAAAAGAGAGAAAGAGUUGUUGUUGGAUCGUAUCAGCCGGUAUGUGACUGACUCUUCUGAUUCUGAAAAAUCCAUUGAACUUUCGUCUGAAGCUUCUUCAGACUCUGAUG